AUGGCGGCCCCAGCGCCAAAGGUCGAUCUGGGGGCUCGCGGACGCAUGGGCGCUUUUGACAGUAGCAGCAGCAGUAGUAGCGUGAGUAGCAUGUCGGCUGCAGAAGACGCGUCCUCCCGCCGGAGGAGACGUGGAUGGGAUGAGGAGGGAGCGCAGGGAGAAGAGGGGCCCUCAGACGAACAGCUGGGGGGCCCGCCACGCCGCAGGCGCCCGGGUGGCUGGGAGACCGAUGCGACAACGGGGGGGGUGGCUGCUGCAACUGCAGUCAUGGGCACCAACAAUCCGAACGGUUCUGGGGCCGCUGCAGCAGCCGCAGCAGCCGCAGCAGCGGCCGCAGUGGUGAACACCCCGUCUGGUCCGUUGGGUCCCACGUCUGGCCCUGAGCCGGCUGAUGGCAUAAAUCCAUUCAAUGGCCGCCCCUUUACCGAUCGGUACUACAAGAUACUGGAGUCCCGAAAGCAGCUGCCUGCGUGGAAGAGUCAGAAGCACUUCUUGAAACUCGUGAACAAGAAUCGGUUCGUGAUCCUUGUGGGCGAGACGGGAAGCGGUAAGACGACUCAGAUGACGCAGUUCAUGCUGCAUGCGGGUCUGCACGCUGGUCGGUGCAUCGCUUGCACGCAGCCGAGGAGGGUGGCGGCCAUGUCCGUUGCCCAGCGCGUGGCAGAGGAGCUAGACGUGACACUUGGCCAGGAAGUUGGAUAUACCAUUCGAUUCGAAGACAGAAGCUGCAGCAGCACGAUCUUGAGGUACUUGACGGACGGUAUGUUGCUGCGCGAGGCCAUGACCGAUCCCCUGCUGGAGAGGUACAGCGCAGUCCUUCUAGACGAAGCGCACGAGCGGACGGUUGCAACGGAUCUCCUUUUUGGCUUGCUGAAGGAAGUCGUGGCCAGCCGGAAGGACCUCAAGGUCGUCGUCAUGAGUGCAACUUUGGAUGCAGGCAAAUUUCAAAAGUAUUUUGAUGGGGCCCCCAUCCUCAACGUGCCUGGUAGGAUGCAUCCUGUCGAAAUCUUUUACACGCCGAAACCCGAGAAAAACUACUUGGAGGCCUGCAUCCGUACGGCCAUUCAGAUUCACUUGGCGGAACCCCCGGGCGACAUGCUGGUGUUUCUCACAGGGGAGGAGGAGAUCGAGCAGGCAAAGAAGGAGCUGGAACGGGCAGUACAGCGGCAUCCGGAUGCCGGAGAUCUUUUGGUCGUCCCGCUGUAUUCCUCCCUCGCCCCAGCCCAGCAGCAACGCAUCUUUGAGGCGGCUCCGCCCCCUAAGUACCCGGGGGGCCCUCCUGGAAGGAAGUGCGUCAUUUCCACGAACAUCGCCGAGACGUCACUGACGAUUGACGGGAUCGUGUACGUCGUAGACCCGGGAUUCAGCAAGCAGAAGGUGUACAACCCCAGAAGCCGCGUAGAGAGUCUUCUUGUGUCUCCCAUUUCCAAAGCGUCUGCCCAGCAAAGAGCCGGUAGGGCAGGCAGAACACGGCCAGGAAAGUGCUUUCGGCUCUACACCGAAUCGGCCUUUCAGUCGGAGCUCGUUGAUCAGACGUAUGCCGAAAUCCUCAGGUCUAACUUGGCGAGUGUCGUUCUGACGCUCAAGAAGCUGGGAAUCGAUGACUUGGUUCAUUUCGACUUUAUGGAUCCUCCGGCCCCGGAGACCCUCAUGAGAGCUCUGGAACAGCUGAAUUACCUGGGUGCCCUAGACAACGAGGGGGAGCUGACCACAGAUGGCGAGGCAAUGGCUGAGUUUCCGCUGGACCCGCAGCUUGCCAAGUGUCUCGUGGAUUCUCCUCGGCACAACUGCAGCAAGGAGAUGUUGUCGAUCGCUGCGAUGCUCUCCGUGCCUCUGGCCUUCCUAAGGCCCAAAGAGAAGGCCAAGCAAGCAGAUGCCACGAAGGCUCGUUUUGCUCACUUGGAUGGAGAUCAUUUAACCCUCCUCAACGUUUUUCAUGCAUAUAUUCAGCACGGAGCGGGCAACCCAGAAUUGGAGAGGCAGUUCUGCUUCGAAAACUUCUUGAAUCCGCGCUCCCUAGCCGCAGCAAAAAACGUUAGGACUCAGCUGCAGCGCACGAUGGAGCGGCUUGCCCUCCCUAUCACUUCCACCCCGUACACCGAAAAGAGCUAUUAUCCACAGAUCAGGAAGGCCGUUCUCAGUGGAUACUUCAUGCAGGUGGCACACAUGCAGAGGAGCGGCCAUUAUAUGACGGUCAAAGACGGCCAACUCGUUGCGCUACACCCAUCUUCGGUCCUCUCCCACAAGCCCGAGUGGGUUUUGUACCAUGAGUUCGUCUUAACCUCCAAGGCCUUCGUCCGCACGUGCACGCAGGUUCGAGGCGAGUGGCUGCUUCAGCAGGCUCCCCACUUCUUUGAUCCAGACGACUUUCCUCCUGGGGAAGCAAAGAAGCAACUCGAGAAGCUAAAACUGAAACUACAAAAGGCAGAUGGAAACAGCGCCGAGACGGUCACCACGAACAAUGGGCAGGUAGCACCCACGUCAUAA